CUCGCGAAGGAGUCAGAACCCGUUUCCUUUCUUCAGUAUGUGGGUGCCACGACCCCUCCUGCUGCUGCUUUCGGGGGCCCUGGCCCUGACCCAGACCCGGGAGGGCCCCCACUCCCUGCGGUAUUUCUACACCGCCGUGUCCCGGCCCGGCGGGGAGCCCCGCUACAUCGUCGUCGGCUACGUGGACGACACGCAGUUCGUGCGCUUCGACAGCGACUCGGCGAGUCCGAGGAUGGAGCCGCGGGCGCCGUGGGUGGAGCAGGAGGGACCCGAGUACUGGGAGCGGCAGACGCGGAACGUCAACGGCCACGCACAGAUGUUCCGAGAGAACCUGAACACCGCGCUCCGCUACUACAACCAGAGCGAGGCGGACUCUCACACCCUCCAGUGGAUGUCCGGCUGCGACGUGGGGUCCGACAGGCGCCUCCUGCGGGGGUACUGGCAAUACUCCUACGACGGCGCCGACUACAUCGCCCUGAACGAGGACCUGCGCUCCUGGACGGCGGCGGCGGGCACGCAGGCUUGGAGAACCCAGCGCAAGUGGGAGCAGGCGGGUGGGGCUGAGCAGAACAGGAACUACCUGGAGGGCAGGUGCGUGCAGUAUCUGAAGAGAUACCUGGAGAACGGAAACGACACGCUGCUGCGCGCAGAAGCCCCCAGAAGCCACAUCACCCACCACCCGUUCUCUGACCAGGAGGUCACCCUGAGGUGCUGGGCCCUGGGCUUCUACCCUGCCGAGAUCACCCUGACCUGGCAGCGUGAUGGGGAGGACCUGACCCAGGACACAGAGCUGGUGGAGACCAGGCCUUCAGGGGAUGGAACCUUCCAGAAGUGGGCGGCUGUGCUGGUACCUUCUGGAGAGGAGCAGAGAUACACGUGCCGUGUGCAGCACCAGGGGCUGCCGGAGCCUGUCACCCUGAGAUGGGAGCCCCCUUCUCAGCCCACCAUCCUCACUGAGGGCAUCAUUGUGGUCCUGGCUCUUGGGGCUGGAACUGUGGUGGCUGUGGUGGCAGCUGUGAUCUGCAGGAGGAAGCGCUCAGGUGGGAGAGGAGGACAGUACACUCAGGCUGCAAACAGCGACAGUUCCCAGGGCUCCGAUAAGUCUCUCUCGAACCCUAGAGUGUAAGACAGCUGCCCCGCUGGGUUGAAGAUAAAGGUAUCUUCAAAGAUGACACGCAACUGGCCAACCAAGUGGAAACAGAGAUCAACAAAUGGGACUACAUUAAGCUAAAAAGCUUCUGCACCGCAAAAGAUACAGUGACCGGAAUACAAAGACUAUCUACAGAAUGGGAAAGGAUAUUUACACAAUACCCAUCAGAUAAGGGGUUGAUAUCAAUGGUAUAUAAAGCACUGGUUGAACUCUACAAGAAGAAAACAUCCAACCCCAUCAAAAAAUGGGGCAAAGAAAUGAACAGAAACUUUCCCAAGGAAGAGAUAUAUGAAUGGCCAAAAGGCACAUGAAAAAGUGCUCUACAUCACUAAUCAUCAGGGAGAUGCAGAUCAAAACAACCAUGAGAUACCACCUCACACCACAGAGACUAGCACACAUCCAAAAGAACAAAAGCAACCACUGUUGGAGAGGAUGUUGGGAGAAAGGGACCCUUCUACACUGCUGGUGGGAAUGCCUACUAGUUCAGCCCUUUUGGAAAACAAUAUGGACUAUUCUCAAAAAACCAGAGGUUGAACUCCCAUUUGACCCAGCAAUACCACUGCUGGGAAUAUAUCCCAGUAGAAGCAAAAAAGUAUAGUCGAAAUGACAUCUGCAGCAUCAUUGCAGCACUGUUUACAAUAGCCAGAAUCUGGAAAAAACCCGAGUGCCCUAGAACAGAUGACUGGUUGAAGAAACUUUGAUACAUCUAUACAAUGGAAUACUAUGCAGCUGUUAGAAAAAACGAGGUAAUGAAGUUUGCAUAUAAGUGGAUCAGCAUGCAAAGUAUCAUGCUAAGUGAAAUGAGUCAGAAAGAGAGAGACAGACAUAGAAAGAUUGCACUCAUCUGUGGAAUAUAGAAUAAUAGACUUGGAGACUAACACUCAAGAAUAGUAGAAAUAAGUACCAGGAGGUUGACCAUGGCUUGGAGGCUGGUCUCUCAUUCUGGGCAACUCAGAGAAGGGAACACCAAGUAAAAUGUGGUCAGAGGUCAUGCGGGGGAAGGGUGAUGCAUGUCGAAUAUAGACUAGAGACUGAACACAAUGGCCACUCAACACCUUUAUUGCAAACCACAACACCUAAUCAGAGAGAGAGUGCAAAAGGGAAUACCCUGCCAUAGUGGCAGUGUGGGGUGGCGGGGGGAGAUGGGACUGUGGAGGGUGGGAGAGAUGCUGGGUUUACUGGUGGUAGAGAAUGGGCACUGGUGAAGGGAUGGGUUCUCGAACUUUGUAUGGGGGAACAUAAGCACAAUAAUGUAUAAUUCAUUUCAAUUCUUAAUGUAAUUUUAUUAGAUCAAUAAAGUCCAGAUGACAAAAUAAAAAAAAAAACAAAAAAAAGAAAAAGAAAAACUUAAAAUGAAAAAAAAAGAGACAACGACAGAAGACGGGAUCCUAGGUCUGGAUUCUGGGCCAUCAGACAUUAUAGAGAUAAUGACUAUGUGGCUCUUACAUCGACCCUAACUCCUCUUUCUCUGGAGGAUGUUAGUUUUAUAGGGGUUUUCUUGGACUAUGAGGCUGGAAUAAUCUCCUUUUACAAUUUGGAUACUGCCUCCCACAUCUUCAUUUUCCCAAAGGUCUCUUUCUCUGAGUCUAUCAGACCUUAUUUCUGUACUGGUGAAGAUUCUUAUUUGUACAUUUAUCAUUCA